AUGAAUGUUUUCAAACCAGGCUUCUGGACAACAACUAUGACCUUAAACGAAGAACAUGUUGACCUGGAUGAUGUUUGGCGAAAGUUGGGGAUCCGUGGAAAGUAUCAGCUGGUUCAGGCCGGUCUGCUCCUGCUUACUUUACUCCCGGAAGCUAUACAACUCAUUGUUGUUGUUUUUAUAGGAUACCGUCCGUCAUACCAGUGUGCAAAUGUGUCUUCUACUGACGUGUUACCUUACACCGGACAAUACAGUAACACAAGUGUUGAUAUAUCCUACCACGAGUGUCGGGUCGACUUGGCCUUUAAUGAUACCAAUACGACGAUUCUGUCUUUGACGCCAUGUCCAGCCGGAUAUACCUAUAGUCUAGAGAAGGACCGGACGUUCGUUACAGAGGUUAUACACAUUAAUGCCUAUGUACAAUAUGACCUGGUCUGUGGCGGGGCCGAGCGAGCAGAACUAUCACAGACCUUGUUAAUAGUUGGCCAAAUGGUCGGUGCCGCCAUUUUGCCUCAGUGUUCGGAUAGGUUCGGGAGGAAACCUAUUCUUGUCUGCUCUAAUAUCGCCUUACUCGUAGCAGGAUUAGGUGGAUGUUUCCUGCCAACUUUUACUGGAUUCGCAAUAAUGAGGUUUAUCAUUGGAAUCUUCCAACAAGGACUCGCUAUGGUAAUGCCUGCCAUGAUGCUGGAACUAUUUCCAGCGGAAGUACGAUAUAUGGUAGAAGUUGCUUCGUUGACUACAUGGACCUCAUCCAUGGUCGUGGUGACACCUGUAGCUUACUUUCUCAAAGAUGUCUCCUGGCGUUAUCUGUACCUCGUUCUCACGCUCACCUCUGCAUUCAGUAUCUUUGGAUAUUGGAUAUACAACGAAUCCGUCCGAUGGCUUCUUGCAAAUGGAAAAACCGAAGAGGCAAAGAAGAUCCUACGAAAGGCUGCGAAGAUGAAUAAUGUCGACGAAAAACAAAUUAUGGACAUAGUGGAUAAGGUUAUAGCAGUCGAAUUGAAUGCGAAAGAAGGUGAUGAUAUCGAUGAGAAAACCAACAUGAUGCCGGAGGAACCAAUCAACGACAAGAGAACGAAGAACAAAUUACCGAAAUACACCAUAUUUACGUUGUUUAAAAAACGGCGAAUAGCAAUGGUAACAACAAUAAUGAUAAUCGUUUGGACGGUGGACAGCCUGACUUACUAUGGACUGAUCCUGUCUUCAGCUUCUCUGCCUGUCAACAGAUAUCUCAGCUUCUUUUUACUGACCAUCGCCGAGUAUCCUGUCGUGUUGUUCGAAUUUACACUGAUGAAUCGAAUAGGACGGAAGCGGUUUAGCAUCAUGUUCCACGCCAUAGCAGCUAUUUCUUUGUUAGCAGGGACAGUGGCGAAUUAUUUCUCGGACAUGCCUGGAGCUAAUAUUGCGAUCAUGAUAUUCUUUUUCCUUGGAAAGCUCGGAAUAACCGGAUCGUUCAGCUGCUUAUUUCUCUUUACACCGGAGAUUUACCCGACCAACCUCAGGACGAUUGGCAUGGGUCUUCCGUCCGCGGCGGGGAGGAUAGGGGGUAUGCUGGCACCAUUUGCAGGCCCUCUGGCUGAGCAGGUUAAAUGGGCACCUGGUGCCAUAUUUGGCGGUCUGUGUGUCAUCGUUACCUUGGUACUUCCGCUCCUUCCAGAGACGAUGGGACAUGAGCUUCCGACCCAGGGUAGAGGACCUUGAGGAAUGGUACAGAGCUCACAGUGGUACUAAACGAACGAAACGUAAUCACUAGGAUGAUGUAUGUUUAAGUGUAACUAGGUAUGAAAGUUUAGUAGUAAAUAUAUAUGCCUGAAGGUAUGUCAACACAUUCGCCGUAAACAUGGGAUAAAAAUCUCAAAUAGUAUUAUCUGGGCUUUUAUUAAAAGAAGAACAAGAAGAAGAAAAACAAGAAGAAGGAUUUUAGUUGGCAUGCACUCCAAGUACGGAAGUAAGCUGAAGUUUUCGAGACACUAACAGUCCAUAGUCUGACCUUAAUGCUUAAUCAAAACAGAACAAGAGCACCGGAAACACACGCAUAAUACGUCCGUGGAUCCAUCUAAUGAUGUUUUCUUUGUUUGACAUUUGAUAUUCUUCAAUAAGAUAAUAAUUGUCUCAAAAAUGGGUAUCAUAACCAUAAUCCGGAAGUUAGAUCCUUAUUGUCCAAAACACGUCAAAAAAUUCAAAAUCAAAUCAAUAUUGUCGUUGUUGUACUCCACAUUAACAUCCCUAUCAAAACUUAAAGACAAAAAUACAUAGUCU